CACCAAAUAUAAAAAAACAGUGAAUUAGUGCCCCUCCCUCGUGUACAAGAAAACAUGGACAGGAAAAAGGGAUAGAGAGAGAUGCAUGAUGUAUUCUGAAGGUUAUUGUCAAUUGAAAUCUACUUUUUCAAUUGACCAGAGCAUCCCUGUGCUGCAUUUUAUUCUCUUUUCAGUGAUCCAAUAAAAAGGCUGUCUGUAGCACAUAUCAAUUGAUUUCUGGGAUUGAGUCAAGAAGUAAGAGAAUGGAGUUUUCCAGGAUGGCGGUAAUGAUGCUAGUAGCAUUAGUUUCUUCAAUGAUGUGUGGAGUCAAUGGAAUAGGGGCAAAUUGGGGGACACAGUCAACGCACCCACUUCAGCCCGAGAUAGUGGUUAGGCUGCUCAGGGAAAAUGGAUUCCAGAAGGUCAAACUUUUUGAUGCAGAUUAUGAUGCCUUACGAGCCCUGGGGGGCUCUGGGAUUGAGGUCAUGGUUGGAAUUCCUAAUGACUUGUUGCUGACCAUGGCUAACUCUAAGGCCGCACAAAAAUGGGUAUCUGAAAAUAUUACCCAACAUAUCAAUAACCACAAGGUUAAUAUCAGGUAUGUUGCUGUGGGAAAUGAACCUUUCUUGCAAACAUACAAUGGGACAUAUCUUAGGAGCACGUUCCCUGCUCUCCAAAGUGUACAAUCCGCGCUUGUAAAAGCUGGUCUUGGCAAUAUAGUGAAGGUCACGGUUCCCCUCAAUGCCGAUGUUUAUGACUCCUCUAGUGGCUUACCAUCUGGUGGCGAUUUCAAAGCCGAUAUUCACGACUAUGUCCUCCAAAUUGUAAAGUUCUUGAAUGACAAUGGUUGCCCCUUCACGGUCAACAUUUACCCUUUCAUAAGCCUUUAUAUUGACCCAGGCUUCCCUGUUGACUAUGCAUUUUUUGAUGGUAAUGCGACACCUUUGAAUGAUGCUGGGACGUCCUACACCAACAUGUUUGACGCAAAUCAUGACACACUGGUGUGGGCCCUACAAAAGAAUGGGUUUGGUAACAUGCCCAUUAUAGUGGGAGAGAUUGGUUGGCCGACGGACGGAGACCGAAAUGCAAAUCUACCUUAUGCACAAAAGUUCAACCAAGGGUUCAUGACCCACAUAUCAAAUGGGAGGGGGACCCCGAUGAGGCCCGGCCAGAUCAAUACAUAUCUCUUUAGUUUGAUUGACGAGGACGCCAAGAGUAUUGCCCCAGGAAACUUCGAACGCCAUUGGGGUUUGUUUUACUAUGAUGGGCAACCAAAGUACUCUCUCAAUCUUGGCACCACAACUUCUGGGGCCCUUGUUCCAGCAAAAGGGGUUCCGUAUCUAGAGAGAAAAUGGUGUGUUUUCAAUCCGAAUGCGAGGCUUGACGGGUCCCAGGUUGCCCCUAGUGUGAGCUAUGCGUGUGGCCGUGCUGACUGUACUAGCCUCGGGUAUGGGACGUCUUGUGGCAAUUUGAAUAUUCAGGGGAACAUUUCAUAUGCGUUCAACAGUUAUUACCAGAUUAACAACCAGAUUGAUGAAGCCUGCAAAUUCUCAGGCCUUGGAUCCAUCGUGCGGUCUGACCCUUCAACCCAAACUUGCAGGUUUGGGAUCAUGAUACAACCGUACUAUGCAGGUGUUGAACGAGUUUUGGGACAUCGACAGACAUUGCUAUGGGUUUCAGGGUUCUUUCUCUAUGUAAUGUUCAAAAUUUAUUUAUGAGUUCAUUCGAUUUACAUGGUUAGUUUUUGACACAUAGCGAUGUUGCCUGAUCAGUCUGGUUUACUUUCCUUUUGCUAUGGUAAUGAUACUUGAUGAUGAUUGUAACAGUAGCAUUGGUUGAUUGUAAUUAUAUAUCUGAGGCAAUGUUUGCCCAAACUGCGGAACUGCCUGCUAAGGUUACCGUGGGAGUCCGUUUUCUCAUACAUUGGUGCUCUAAUAUUGCUAUAUUUGGAAGCUGGAUAAGGGCUGGGGAAAGGAAAAAGUGUUAAGAAUAGCUGAAUAGUGUAU